AUGGCUACUCAGUUUGACGAGAACACUGUGAUCACUAUUUUUGGUGCUUCAGGUGAUUUAUCAAAGAAGAAAACGUUUCCUGCAUUAUUCGGGUUAUAUCGUGAAGGAUAUUUGAAUCCAACUACAAAAAUUAUUGGGUAUGCGCGUUCCAAGUUGAGCAACGAGGAUUUAAGAGAAAAGGUAAAGCCAUUUUUAAAGAAACCUAACGGAGCUAAGGAUGAUGCUAAAGUCAAUGAAUUUUUAUCGAUGGUUUCUUACCAUGCUGGUCCGUAUGAUUCUGAUGAAGGUUACUUGGAGUUGAAAAAGAUUAUCGAAGAGUUUGAGGCUGAAAAAAAGGUCGAUGAACCUCAUAGACUCUUUUACUUAGCCUUGCCUCCUAGUAUUUUCAUUGACGUGUGUUCGAAACUAAAGGAAAACCUAUACACAGAAUCUGGAAUUCAAAGGGUUAUUGUGGAAAAGCCUUUUGGUCACGAUCUACAGUCUGCUACUGAAUUACAGGAGAAGUUGGCGCCAUUGUUUUCCGAGGACGAAUUGUUCAGAAUUGAUCAUUAUUUGGGUAAAGAGAUGGUAAAAAAUCUAUUGUUGAUGAGAUUCGGUAACACUUUCUUGAACGCCGCUUGGAACAAAGAAAAUAUACAAUCUGUUCAGGUGGUUUUCAAGGAACCAUUUGGAACUGAAGGUCGUGGUGGUUACUUCGAUUCAAUUGGUAUUAUAAGAGAUGUGAUGCAGAAUCAUUUGCUACAAGUGUUAACUCUAUUGACGAUGGAAAGACCAGUAUCUUUCGACCCAGAAUCUGUACGUGACGAAAAGGUCAAGGUUUUGAAAGCAUUCUCUCCAAUUGAUCAUGACGAUAUAUUGAUAGGCCAAUACGGAAGAUCUGUGGAUGGUAGCAAGCCUAGCUACCUAGAUGAUGAAACUGUCAAAGAGGACUCCAAGUGUGUCACCUUUGCAGCAAUCGGAUUCAAAAUUGCAAAUGAACGUUGGGAUGGAGUUCCCAUCGUUAUGAGAGCAGGAAAAGCGUUGAACGAAGGUAAAGUAGAAAUCAGAAUCCAGUUCAGAAGAGUUGCAUCUGGCAUGUUCACUGAUAUUCCUAAUAAUGAAUUGGUUAUUAGAAUUCAACCAAAUGAAGCCAUCUACUUGAAGUGUAAUGCCAAAACACCUGGUCUUGCGAAUGAAAACCAAACCACAGAACUAGACUUGACUUACUCAGAGAGAUACAAAAACUAUUGGAUUCCUGAAGCAUAUGAAUCUUUGAUAAGAGAUGCCCUUUUAGGAGAUCAUUCAAAUUUCGUCAGAGACGAUGAAUUAGACGUAAGCUGGAAGCUAUUUACUCCAUUGCUUAAUUACUUGGAAGGACCAGAUGGACCUCAACCAAAGAUCUAUCCAUAUGGCUGUAGAAGCCCUGACGGACUCGUUGAGUUUUUAGCAGACCAUGGUUACACCUUUUCCAAACCAGGAUCCUACCAAUGGCCUGUCACCACUCCUAAAAUGUAA